AUGUCCCCGUGGCCCCCUUUAUCUGCCGCACGCACUCCAUGCCUGCACGCGAGUCACUGGACUCUCCGCCGACGGAUAGCCGUGUGCUGCCUCGUGAUGCAUGUCGUGCUACUCAGCAGUCUGGCGCAAGUAGGAUGCCAGGGGUACCUGGAGGGCCAAGGCCGAGAGAGAGGAACGGCUUCGAAGCGGGUGCUAACGGCGCAGCAGCAGCAGCAAGGCGGUGGUAGCGUGACGCGGUUGUAUCUUCUGCCCGGCAACCCGUACGGCGCCAAGUGUCUUGACGGCAGGUACGGCGCCGGUUCU